AAAGCUGUGCUUCUUGCUGUUUUCUGCGAUGCUUUUGCCUUCGGACAAGAGGAUACCAACAAAGACCGUAUCACUCUUGAGUGGACCAACACCCCGGAUGGUGCUGCCAAGCAAUUCCGUCGUGAAUGGUUCCAGGGGUAUGGUUCGUCGUAAGAACCUCCCAAUCGAGUACAACCCAUAG